ACUCUGUGAGAAUGAAUGUUUAAAUCAGACUCAGGCUGAUCAGGGCUCACUCACCCGACGGCUCGAGCGUCUACUGAUUUGAAUUCAGCUGUCUGAGGACAUUAUGCUAAUGAGCGCGAGGAGGGAGGAAGCUGCAGCUCGCACGAGCAGAAGAGCGAGCGCGCGGUUCGGAGUCAGGAGAAGCUGCAGCAGCGCUGAGAAGAUGCGUCGGUAGUUUUGUGCAGUCGCUCGGAGACUGUGAGGGAGCUUUUUGAUCCUCUUGGGAGGUAUAUAAUUACGAAUGGAUCCUAAUUUAAACCUACUACGCAGAAGACUUAUAUUCUUUUUAUUGUUCUGUUUUUGCUUAAUUCCUCGAGCGCGGAUUUCUUGGGCCAUUGAGAGGGUCAAUUUAACUAAACAGUAUGAUCUUGAAAACGAGAGCAGCGGGAUAAUGCUUGCGAAAUGGGACUCCAGUUCCCAAGCGAAGCAGGAAGCACCGCUGAGCAACACAUCAACACAAAGUGAAGCACCGAAGUGGGCAGGCCGUAGAACCAGGGGUGCUUGCACAUUCCCCUGCUUGAAUGGGGGUCAGUGUGUAUAUCCAGAUUCCUGCAACUGCUCUUUGUACCAAGCCACUGGAUCGCACUGCCAAACAGUUCCCAAUUCAGGUUUGGAGAGGGAGAUGACAUGUCGCUCAUGGGGGCAAUACAACUACGAGACCUUUGAUGGGCUUUACUACUACUUCCCUGGCAAGUGCAGCUACACACUCCUGAAAGACUGUGAGGAUAACACACAGUCAACUGUGUUCAUACAGGUACAUAAUGAUCCAGAAUGCACUUCUCUUCCAUAUUCCUGCACACGCUCAGUAAGUGUUUUCCUGCCGUGGGAAGGCGAGAUUAGGUUGCAGAACUUCAACGUCACUUUCAAAGGUCAAAGCUUGAAGCUGCCCCAUAACAUCCAUGAUGUUGAGUUGGAGCAGAUUGCUGACUAUAUACUAGUAUCACAACCUCAGGGUUUUACACUAGCGUGGCAUGGACGGAAUGGCUCCAUCUACAUUAAGAUGAGUCCAGAGUUUGUGGGCCGCACCUGUGGUCUGUGCGGGAACUUUAACGCAGACAUUCAGGAUGAUCUGAAGACUAGCUAUGGUGUGUUCACAGGAGAUCUUGCUAUGUUUGGGAACAGCUGGGUGGAGGAAGAGCCACAGCAAGCCACGUGUUCAAUGAUUCCAUACCUGUAUCCAUCUCCCUGCUCUGCCCAGGAUCCCCAUGUUUUACUGAAAGUGGAGGAGGUGUGCUCAUCUUUACUGAAAGAGCCAUUUAAACCCUGUCAUGAGUUUGUCAGUCCAUACUCGUAUAUGGCCAGCUGCUCCAAUGACCUUUGCCUGUCUGGUCCCAAUGGGGAUGUGGUCUGUCAAGUCUUCACGGAGUAUGCAAGAACAUGUGCCCAUGCUGAACACCCAUUGCAUAACUGGAGAAAACAUUUUCCUGUUUGUGGUAUUGAGUGCCCUGCAGAGCUGCAUUACAGAGAGUGCAUCACAUGUUGUCCUGUACAUUGCAAUACAGAAAACAUGUGCAUUGACAGCAAGCUGCAGUGCCUGGAUGGCUGCUACUGUCCUGAUGGUCUGAUCUAUGAGGAUGGAUUGUGUGUGAAGCCAUCUGACUGUCCAUGUGAGCACCAUGGAAUGCUCUACCCUUCAGGACACACCAUACAGGAGGACUGCAACAACUGUACAUGUGUUGGUGGUGUGUGGAACUGCACAGAGCACAGUUGUCCAGGGGAGUGCUCAGUUACGGGGGAUAUGUAUUUCCAAUCUUUUGAUGGUCGCGUUUACACAUUCCCGGCUACCUGCCACUAUGUUUUGGCCAAGAGCCGAAACUCAGGCGGAUUCAUUGUGACGAUCCAGAAUGCUCCAUGUGGCCAUAAUCUGGAUGGGGCCUGUAUUCAAUCAGUGAACCUGGUCCUGAAUGAGGAUCCUCGCACUGAGGUAUCACUCAGCCACAAUGGGGAGAUAUACAUGUCCAGCCAAUUCCGCAUCUCUCUACCAUAUUCAGACGAUGUGUUGCAGAUCCAGGAGCUGUCAUCCAUGUUCAUUCAGGUGAAGACUAUGCAAGGAAUACGACUGCAGUACAACUGGAGGGAAUUCAGGUUGUACCUGCAGCUUGGGGAGCUGUGGAGGGAUGACACGGUGGGACUCUGUGGUACCUUCAAUGGGAACAUCCAAGAUGACUUUCUUGCACCAUCCGGUAUGAUUGAGAGUACACCUCAGUUGUUUGGGAAUGCCUGGCGUGUAUCAUCAGCCUGUGUGCCACGACCUAGCUUACCACAGCUUGAUCCCUGUGAUACUCAUCAGCAAGCAGCCGCUUAUGCUGUGGAGAAGUGUGAAGUGUUGAUGCAGGAGGUAUUUGCUGUGUGCCAUGAACACGUGAGUCCGGUGGGCUUCCAGUUGCAGUGCCGUGCUGACGUGUGCAGAUGUGGGACACCAUGUCUCUGUUCUGCCCUCGCCCACUAUGCUCGCACUUGUAGGAAACAUAAUGUCAUCAUUGAUUUCCGCUCACACGUGCAGGAGUGCUUUGUGGCAUGUCCCCCAACAAUGGAAUAUGGUGUAUGUGUGUCAUCCUGUCAGCGGCGCUGCAUGUCUUUGUCAGUGCUGCAGUCAUGUGGAGAGGAAUGUGAAGAAGGCUGUGUUUGUCCACAAGGAACAUACUACAGCACACACACUCACAGCUGUGUCAAAAGGAGCGAAUGCCCAUGCAGUUUCCUGGGAGCUGAUUACUCCCCUGGAGAUGUGAUCAUGACAACAUUGGGUGUACAAAUUUGUCAAGAUGGAAAAAUUGUCUUACAGAGCAUUAUUACUGAUAAGUUGUGCCCUCCAGGACAGAUUUAUGAGGACUGUGGGAAUAUGGUAGAUGGGCUGUCAGCCAGCAAAGGUUUGGCUUGUGACCGCACGUGUGAAUCGUACCUACUCAACCUCACCUGCUCCAUCCAUGAGCCCUGUGUGCCUGGCUGCAUCUGCCCCCCAGGGCUUUUGAAGCAUGGUGACGAGUGUUUUGAGCCUGUGGCUUGUCCAUGUUUCUGGAAGGGUAAAGAAUAUUACCCAGGAGACAAAGUGUCCUCUCCCUGUCACCAGUGUGUGUGUCAGCAUGGUUCAUUCCAGUGUGAGUUCCAUCCAUGUGCAUCAAUGUGCACUGCUUAUGGAGAUCGGCACUACCGCACAUUUGAUGGACUGCUGUUUGAUUAUAUUGGAGCCUGCAAAGUUUACCUGCUAAAGAGCUCAGCUGAUGUACUAAUCAGCAUCACAGCAGAGAAUGUGGAUUGCUUUGAAAGCGGUGUGAUCUGCAGGAAAGCGCUCCUCAUUUCAAUGGGAAGAACGUUCAUAUUGUUUGAUGAUGAAAGCGGCAAACCUAGCCCAUCCAGUAUGAUUGACAGGCAGAACAUGUUGAUCUGGAGUGCAGGCUACUUCACCAUCAUCCACUUAUUGCAAUAUGAGCUGACAGUGCUCUGGGACAGAAAAACCACCGUACACAUACAGGCUGGACCCCGCUGGCAGGGUAAACUCUCUGGCUUAUGUGGGAACUUUGAUCUAAAAACAGUGAAUGAAAUGAGAACGCAAGACAACAUGGACUCAGCGACACCUCAGGAAUUUGGCAACAGCUGGACUGCAGCAGAGUGUGUCCAUAGUCCUGAUAUAAGGCACCCAUGCAGUUUGAACCCUCUGCGUGAACCCUUUGCUAAGAGACAGUGUGGAAUUCUGCUUGGUGAAGUGUUUCAAGUUUGUCACCCGGUGGUGGAUGUGACAUGGUUCUAUAUGAACUGCCUGGCAGACACAUGUGGCUGUAGCCGUGGUGGGGACUGUGAGUGCUUCUGUACAAGUGUGGCAGCAUAUGCUCACCGCUGCUGCCAUCAGGGAAUUACCGUCGACUGGCGCUCCCCAUCACUCUGCCCAUAUGACUGUGAAUACUACAAUAAAGUCAUAGGGAAGGGUCCAUUCAGGUUGAUAACAUUUAGGGAGAGGAGCGUGAUGUUGACAGCCAAUCGGACUAGUGGAUUGGUGUUCAUGAAGAGAGGAUUAGCCAGCGCUGAUGAUCUUGUGACUGCAUUCAUGAUGACUCCAGGACUCAGCAAAAUCCGGCCACAUGACUCUUCACUGGUAUCGUUGGAAGCGUCAGACAGGCCAAACUAUUUUCUUCAUGCAGAGCGCAGUGGCCGGUUGAAACUGCGGAAGCGGGAGGAGAGCGGGGCAUUCUGGGAUGCAGCGACGUUUAUUCUACAUAGGGACACGUGGAUCUCUGGAUUUAAUUCACUGGAGUCACUCGUGUGGCCUGGAUUCUUCCUGCACUACAUGCUGUCAAGGCUUCAGCUCCUGAAGUACAGCCACUCAGAUCACUACCGUAGAGCCACUCUCUUUAAAUUUUCCAGCAGAAGCACAGAGUACCCAAUGGGAUCACGAUGCCAGUGGCAAUAUGAAUCCUGUGCAAACCCAUGUUUCAGAACUUGCAGUGAUCCAGCAGCUCGGAGCUGUGUCACCAUCUUAAAAGUUGAAGGAUGUGUGCCCCAGUGUCCAGCUCACAUGGUUCUGGAUGAAAUCUCUCAAAGAUGUGUCUAUUUGGAGGACUGUAUUAUGCCUCCAAUACUACUGCCAGGCCUAAUCUCAACAACACCUACUGCUGCCACCUCUUCUAUAUCCCUGGCUACAGCAAGUGUCUUCACCAGAAGCAGCCUGGCAACAGAGGCACUCAGUACAACAACCACUCAGACCCCCCCAGAACAUAGCAGUAUAGCUACUACAACAACCAUCACACACACUUCAGUGCUCUUGCCCAUACCAAGUACUACUCCAGUGACAGAGGAAAUUGUAACAACUAUGAAAACAUCUCCCUCCUACACAAAGAAGCCACUGGCUUCAACUCCCAAAACCACUAGAAUAACUAGCACUGCUUCUCUUACACCCUUCAUCACAGUCAAAACAAGAACAGUGUCUGCCUCAGGCCUGCCACAAAUAACCACUACAACUUUGGGACCUACAGUGACUGCUUCCCUCUUUGCUGGCACCAGCUCAACAAUAGCCUCCAGUGCAUCUCCUAGCUCUACAGAGCAACCCAGUAGAGUAAGGACUACCCUUGCUCCUUUAGUAUCUACCAGCAGAAGCACCACAGAGUCUACUACCCCCACAUUCAGAGUAUCACCUCUUGACAUCACCAGCACAGAACAUGCCACAAUCUCACAACUUUCCACUAUUACUGCCAGAACUACAAAGCCCACUGCACUCUUUACAGACAGUGAAGAGCCUUUUAGUGCUGAAACCUCUAAAGUAACCAAAGCUCCUGCAUUAGAGUCGAGUACUUCUGCCACCACAGCACAUCUAACUGUACCUGCUCCAUUGCACACACUCACGGUGACACCACAUACGGUCACUCCAGCACAUUCCACAGAGUUCACCACAGCAGUCAGCACCUUUAGCACUCUGAAAACAAGACCAGUGAGUGGCAUUGAAACCAAAGAACCUUUGGUGGUACACACUACAGAGAAAACUAUGCCUACUUCCUCCACUGUGGCAAAAACAUCCACAACACACCUCCCAACGAAACCCACAGAGAUACCUGUCCCAGCACAAACAAUGUCCUCUGUGCCUGUGACUUCUAAGUCAGAGCAAACUCAAACUGUAACCUCUAAAAUAUCACCAGUAUCCACAAAAAUCGUCCAGCCAACAUCCCAGGUCAUAACACCUACAGCAGAAGAAACCUCAGCAACAACGACCUAUCAACCUGUGCCUACAUUCUAUACUACCCACACACCCUGGUCUCCUGGUGUCCUAACCUCUGAGAAGACUUUGCACACAACAUCUGGAACCAUUCUCACCAAGACCCCAAGGUCUCCUCUAACCACACUCACAACUGAUCUUCCUUCUCCUGCAGCACAUGUCACAUCAACACUGGCACCAUCACAUACUAUACCAGCUCACAUGACAACGCCCAGAACUACUCCAGUGAUAUCCACUGCUGCUGUAUCUACAGCCACCACAGUAAUCUCCACAGAGUCAAGCUUGAGUCCCUUCUCAGAAUCAUCCUCAACCUCUACUCAACUUAUAGAGACACUCAGCACAUCCACUUCGGUUACAGUUGAGACCAAGAUAAAAACUGUACCUCAAGCCUAUACACCAGUGUCACCCACAAUCCCUCCCUCAACAGUUACAGUGGCACCACAGACAUCAACGGCAGCUUCAGCUAGCAUAGUCACCACAGCAAAGCUUACCACUACCACUGAGGAACCUCGCCCAUCAACCACCAGUAGGGCAGUGUCUACCCUCAGCUUUGUCACUAUCCUGCCUCAAACAGAGACAACUCAUAUCCGUCCUCACACUGACAGAGCUGAACUUUCUACUACUGAAGCUACACAACCAUCAUCCUGGUCACGUCCACUGUACACUUCUUCCACAUCAAUUCCCAAAGUGACUCCAUCAACAGAAAGAAUGACCACACCAAUAUUCAGCUUAACCAUGAAAGAAACUACCAGGGCCACUGUGGCAACACAUGUUUCUCCUCAGAUAGUCACUGAAGAGUCCACAACAGUUGUACCCACAGAGACAAUGGCAUCUACCUCUGGUUCUUUGGACACAACAGAGCCUGUUUCCCCAACUAGCCCUUCAAGCCCAUUCUCAACCAUACCUAGCAUGGAGACAUCACCACAAAGGACUGAACGCACAAUAGAAACCAGCCCCACUGCAACAUUAGUGAGUACAACCAAAUCAACUGCCAGUCCUGCAGUGCCAUAUGAUACAACUACUGCCUCUGAAAGAACUACCUCUUCUACAACUUCAUCAUCAGAGCAGCCACCAGACUGGAUGACAUCAGUAACACAAAAAAGCACAAAACAGCCACCUGCUCCAGACACAUCCUAUGUAGCCACCUCUAUGACACCUGUGACAACCUCCCUCUACAUGACAGAGACAGUGCACUGGAAGACUAAUUUGACUACAGUUACAUCCACCACUGCUGAUGAUGGUACACCCAGCAAAAUCUGCACUCCGCCAUAUUCUGAGAUGGUAGAUGAGUGCACUAAGCUCAUUUGUGUGAAUGGCCAGCUGCUCUUGUUCAAUAAGUCCCAGAGCUGCCCCUAUGACUCUAGCCCUCCAAACUGUGGCCUGCUUGGGUUUGCUGUGUUGGUCAAUGGAGACAAGUGCUGUCCAAAGUGGGCAUGUCCAUGUCGCUGUUCAGUCUUUCCAGAUCUAAAUGUGGUCACUUUUGAUGGGAAUAACGUGGCUAUUUAUAAAGCUGCAUCAUAUGUGGUCACGCAACUCCCCAACGAGACAGUCAGCAUCCUGGUGCAGGAGUGCCACAGCUCAGACAACAUGUUUGUGUGGAACUUCACUAACCUCUGCCUGGCAGCUCUGAACAUUACGCAUGAAUCCAACCAGGUGCUCAUUAAUCGCCUACAGAGACGUUUGUACGUAAACUCUAGGUAUGCAAAGCCGCGGUUUAAGAAAUACGGAUUUGAGGUACUAGAUACAGGAAACAUGUAUCUAAUCCGGAGUCCUGCCGGUAUAAAGAUCCAGUGGUUCCACAGCACAGGCAUGAUGGUGAUUGAGACGGAGACCUACACCAACAAGCUCUCUACUAUGGGGCUAUGCGGUUGUUGUGAUGGAAACCCGCUAAAUGAUCUGACCCUGUCAAACGGUACCGUUGUGGCAGAGAGUGAAGAUCCAGCUGUGUUCAUUGAUAGCUGGCAGGUUCCCAACACCACCAGCUAUGUUAGCCACAGCAGAAAGAGGGAGGUCAACUGCUCUACCAGUGACUGCUCCGACUGCCUCAACAUGCUCAACAACCUUACCUUCACUGCCUGUCAUCCCCAUGUUCCCCCAGCUACAUUCUGUGAAGUGUGGGUACGAGAUGCAGAGUAUGUGAAUAAUCCUUGCGUGGCGCUUGCUGCGUAUGUUGCUUCCUGCCAUAAGUUCAACAUCUGCAUUGAAUGGAGAAGUCCAGACUACUGCCCGUUUUUGUGCCCUGAGACACUGACCUACCAGGCAUGUCUACCUGCCUGCACAGCUCCGUCAUGUCCAAGUCAGGAGUUUGAGUAUGAUGCUGAUCAGUGCUCAGGCCUGGCUGAGGGCUGUGUUUGUCCACUGGGAACUCUUCUUCAUCGCCCUUACUCCACACUCUGCAUUCCACCUAACAAGUGUGCCUGUACAGAUAGUUUCGGAGCACCACAUGCUGUGGGCGAGGUUUGGAAGGCAUCAGUGGAUGGCUGCUGCAUGUACAAGUGUGAGAGUGAUGGCAUUGUGCCUGUAGAGUUAAACUGCAGUGACGUCCCUCAGCCGGUCUGCACAAAAGCAGGAGAAAUCAGCAUUAGCCUUGCAGAUGACAACAGCUGCUGCCCACAAAGAGUCUGUGUGUGUAAUCAGAGUAUGUGUGAGGCAGUUCCUCUGGAGUGUAAAUUUGGAGAGAAGAUGGUGUCAUAUUUCAGACAUGACUCCUGCUGUCCAGAAUAUACAUGCGAGUGUGAUCCCGACCUGUGUGUGCUGGAUGUUCCUGUGUGCCGUGAGGAUCAGACGUUAAUAGCCACACGCACUGAUGGAAGCUGCUGCCUGGCACAUAUUUGCAUGUGUGACAUAUGCUCCGAAGCAGUUCCUGAGUGUGAAAGUGGAGAACUGCUCACUGUGGACACAAACAGUACGGAGCGUUGCUGCCCAGUUUACCACUGCUUGUGUGAGCCUUCCCGAUGUUCAGUGACCAUUUGUCCAGCUGGAAUGGCUGUCAUAUCAACCGUGACUCCAGAGCAGUGCUGCCCAUUGCAGACAUGUGAGUGUGCAUGUGAGAGAAUCACUCGUCCUAAAUGUGCCUUGGGUGAGAGUUUGCAGUUAGACCGGGCAUUUCUGGCAGAUCCUAAGAACCAGUGUGGGUGCAAAAGAUAUCAGUGUGUGAGAGAUGCAGUUUGUGUAGAUGGAGAGAGAGGUGUGAUGAGGCCAGGACAGACUCUUAUGGAGCACAGUGUCCGAGGUGUGUGUUAUACAACAAGGUGCACACACACUCUAGACCCUGCCACUGGCUUCUACCGCAUACAAGCAUCCAGCACUAACUGCACUGCACAAUGUCAGCCUAAUCAGGUUUAUGUUCCUCCUAAAGACCAGAGUGCUUGUUGUGGAGUGUGUAGGAAUGUGUCUUGUGUACACCACAGUGACAACGGGUCUCUGGUCUUGUAUAAGCCAGGAAAGAGUUGGGUGUCUGACUGCAUGCGUUACGACUGUACGGACACACAGUCUGGACCUGUACUGGUCUCGUACUCCUACAGCUGCCCCCCUUUCAAUGAGACAGAAUGCAUGAAGAUUGGAGGCACAGUAAUGACCUACAUGGAUGGAUGUUGCAAAACAUGCACUGGAUACUCACUCUUCCCCUUCCCUGUUAGCACACUGAAACCCACAAUUAGCACAAACUGUGAACAAGGCAAGGAGGAUGGAAAGUCAUGUCAGAAAGUGACGGUGAGGAUGACAAUACGGAAAAAUGACUGCCGUAGCAACAGACCGGUGAACAUAGUGUCCUGUGACGGCAAGUGUCCUUCAGCAAGUAUUUACAACUACAACAUCAACACUUAUGCACGGUUCUGUAAGUGCUGUAGAGAGAUGGGCCUUCAACGCCGCUCAGUCCAGCUCUACUGCAGUGGAAACUCUACAUGGGUCAGCUACUCAAUACAGGAACCCACAGACUGUUCCUGCCAGUGGUCUUAAAAAACACUCACACAAACUUGCCUCAACUGAAACUGUAAAACUUCACAAUACUGUAUGUUUUUAUUCUCUUGAAUUUCAAGGGGCAUUCUAGCACUGGUUAAGAAGUCAUUUGAUGAAUUAUUGACUUUUAUAACUUGAAAAGAAAGUGUUACUCAUUAAGAACUGAACUUGAAAAUGUAGUUAAAUUUUAAAGGGACAACUGUUCAUAAGUUGUUUUACAAUUGGCAUGGAAGACAUGAAUACAUGCACCAGUAGUCUUUGAUUGUGAUUUUUUUCUGUCCCUGGAAAAGGCAUUGGUGGAGUAAAGACAUCCAACAAAAAUCCAACAGAAAUAAUGAACUAGCCAAAUAUAAUCUUGGCUCAUGGUUUGUACAUAACUAUAUUUAUGCUCUGUUUGAAGCCUGAUGGGAGAAAAAGGGAAAAAAAUGUUACAAUAAAUGCAUUAUUUGUAUUAGAUGUUUUUUUUAAUAGAAUAGGAGAUAUAACUUUUUAAUGUACUGUGUAUUAAGUGAUUCUGACAUUUUUUAAUCAGUUAUGUCUUUUUUUAUAACAUCAAGCUAUAUUUUGAGCACUUUAUUUAUUUAUUACAUUAUAAAAACAAUUCCAAAACAACUUUAAAACAAUUUCAGAAUUUAGAAUUUUUUCUCUAAAGCACAAAAUUCUGUCUUUUCCAUGACAUGCCAUUCAAAAAAGUGGGCAUUCCUCUAUAGGAUCUUAGCCUGAUCAAUUCUGAGUAGCAGACUCUAUAGAGCGUUGAAGUGUCAAAGGGAAAUAUGCAGUGUGAAGGGUUAUUUAAAAAGUUUCCAAGGCAUUUGUGAAAUGUUUAUACAGUUUUAUACAGAUCAGUUCAUUGUUUCAUAAUAAUGUUAUCCUUUUGAAGCAAAAUGUGCUUAGCUUGAAUAUAUCAAA